GGGAGGAAGAGGACAUACAGGCACUGAGAGGUAGUGGAGGAACAGAGUAGGGAUGCCCAGGAAACCUAGUGUAGAUGGGGGGCAUGAAUAUGGGAGAGCCAGGCCUGCUGGGUCGCCUUGUAGCCAGGUCCCAGAACAUAAGCAUCUUCCAUCACGUUUUGCAGGGUGACGACUCAGAUGAGGAAGAUCUUUGUAUCAGCAACAAAUGGACUUUCCAAAGAACCAGCCGCAGGUGGUCACGUGUGGACGACCUGCACACACUAUUCCCUGGAGGAGACAGGAAUGGGUCCACGGGAGGCCCUAGGAUGAAAAACACAACCAGUAGUGAGAGCGUCCUCACAGACCUGAGUGAGCCUGAAGUCUGCUCCAUUCACAGCGAAAGCAGCGGAGGCAGCGAUGGCCGCAGCCAGUCAGGCCAGUACUGUGUUGACAGUCCAGUCAUGCUGGAGGCCACUCUAGUCAACAGCAGCCUGCCACAGCCCCCCCGAGACACUCUAAACCACCCUUUCCAUCCCAAGAACGAGAAGCCCACCAGGGCCAGGGCUAAAUCAUUUCUGAAACGCAUGGAAACUCUCCGAGCCAAGGGAGCACAAGGAAGGUAUAAGGGGCCAGGGCGGACAGGGGGCCUCGUGAUCAGUGGGCCUGUGCUACAGCAGGAGCCAGAGUCCUUUAAAGCCAUGCAGUGUAUCCAGAUACCAAAUGGUGAUCUGCAGAACUCACCCCCAGCUGCCUGCAGGAAAGUCCCAUGUUCUGGCAAGUCUAGCGGGGAGAGCAGCCCAUCAGAGCACAGCAGCAGCGGGGUGAGCACACCAUGCCUGAAGGAGCGAAAAUGCCACCACGAGGCCAACAAGCGUGGGGGCAUGUACCUGGAGGACCUAGAUGUGCUGGCAGGCACUGCGUUGCAGAAUGCAGACCAAAACCACAUACUCGGGUUUCACUCGCAAGAGAACUUAGUGGUGCAUAUUCCCAAGGAUCACAAACCAGGAACAUUCCCCAAAGCACUUUCUAUUGAAAGCCUCUCACCCACAGACAACAGCAAUGGAGUAAAUUGGAGGACUGGGAGCAUCUCCCUUGGAAGACAGCAGGGCACCUGCACCAGGGAGCCCAGGCUCAUGGCAUCCUGCCACAGAGCAAGCCGAGUCAGUAUCUAUGACAACGUUCCUGGCUCACAUCUGUAUGCCAGCACAGGAGAUCUGCUGGACUUGGAGAAAGAUGACCUCUUCCCUCAGUUGGAUGACAUUCUGCAGCAUGUCAACGGGCUCCAAGAGGUGGUAGAUGACUGGUCAAAAAAUGUCUUGCCUGAACUUGAAACUCAUGAUGCGUUGGUGGGGCAACCUGCUCUGUCCCCCUUUCCGUCUCCUAAUCAGCUGUCCUUAGACUUUGAAGGCAACUCUGUCUCUGAAGGUCGGACAACACCCAGCGAUGUAGAAAGAGAUGGAACAUCUCUGAAUGAAUCUGAGGCCCCUGGGGUCAGAGAAAGGAGGGAUUCUGGUGUAGGAGCUUCUCUGACCAGGCCAAACAGGCGACUGCGAUGGAACAGUUUCCAGCUCUCGCAUCAGCCUCAGCCAUCCCCAGCAUCGCCCCACAUCAGCAGCCAGACAGCCAGCCAGCUGAACCUGCUGCAGCGCUUCUCGCUGCUCCGUCUCACAGCCAUCAUGGAGAAGUACUCCUUGUCCAACAAGCACGGCUGGACCUGGUCAGUUCCAAAGUUCAUGAAGAGGAUGAAAGUUCCCGACUACAAAGACAAGGCUGUCUUUGGUGUUCCUCUCAUGGUACAUGUCCAGAGGACAGGACAGCCCCUGCCUCAGAGCAUUCAGCAGGCGCUGAGAUAUCUACGCAGCAACUGCUUGGAUCAGGUGGGUCUUUUUCGCAAGUCUGGAGUAAAGUCUCGAAUUCAUGCCCUGCGUCAAAUGAAUGAGAAUUUUCCUGAGAACGUCAGUUAUGAAGACCAGUCUGCUUAUGAUGUGGCAGAUAUGGUGAAACAGUUCUGGGACCUCCCCGAGCCCCUUUUCACCAACAAGCUCAGUGAGACCUUCCUUCACAUCUAUCAAUACGUCCCCAAAGAGCAGCGACUACAGGCCGUGCAGGCUGCCAUCCUACUACUAGCCGAUGAAAACAGGGAGGCCCUGCAGACCCUCUUGUGCUUCCUAAACGACGUUGUAAACUUGGUGGAAGAGAAUCAGAUGACACCUAUGAAUCUGGCUGUGUGUCUGGCUCCCUCCCUUUUCCAUCUUAACUUACUGAAGAAAGAAAGCUCUCCAAAAGUCAUCCAGAAGAAAUAUGCCACUGGGAAGCCAGAUCAAAAGGACCUCAAUGAGAAUUUGGCUGCAGCUCAGGGGCUUGCCCACAUGAUCACGGAAUGCAACAGACUUUUUGAGGUCCCACAUGAGAUGGUGGCCCAGUCUCGUAAUUCAUACACUGAAGCCGAGAUCCACGCACCAACCUUGGAAGACUUGGGGUCACAGCUGGAGGAGAGUGGGGCGACUUUCCACACUUACCUGGAGCAUCUUGUCCAGGGCCUCCAGAAAGAAGCCAAGGAGAAGUUCAAAGGAUGGGUCACAUGCUCCAGCCCUGACAAUACAGACCUUGCUUUCAAAAAGGUGGGUGACGGGAACCCACUGAGGCUAUGGAAGGCUUCUGUGGAGGUAGAGGCACCACCCUCAGUAGUUCUGAAUCGUGUGCUGAGAGAACGUCACCUGUGGGACGAGGACUUUGUGCAGUGGAAGGUUGUAGAAACUCUGGACAGGCAAACAGAAAUCUACCAGUACGUGUUGAACAGCAUGGCUCCACAUCCUUCCAGAGACUUCGUGGUUCUCAGGACCUGGAAGACCGACUUGCCAAAAGGAAUGUGCACCCUGGUGUCCCUGUCUGUGGAGCAUGAAGAAGCCCAGCUCAUGGGCGGCGUGCGGGCAGUGGUGAUGGAUUCUCAGUACUUGAUAGAACCUUGUGGCUCAGGCAAAUCAAGACUGACCCACAUCUGCAGGAUAGACCUGAAAGGUCAUUCACCAGAAUGGUACAACAAAGGCUUUGGACAACUUUGUGCAGCGGAAGUUGCCAAGAUUAGAAACUCUUUUCAACCCCUCAUUGCUGAGGGUCCAGAAACUAAAAUCUGAGUUUUCCCCAGUGAGACAUCAAACUCAGGGAACAGGAAGCAAACCAAAUGCAAAUGCUUAUAGCAGAGAGUGUGCACAUGAAGAUAAAAAGAGAGAAAAGGAUGUGGUAAUGCUUAGACAUGCAAACACUGAGGAGUUGGAAUGUUGAAGAUGCAUGAACUUUCUAAGGACUUUUCUAGCCUUCCUGGAGAUGGCUACA